AUGGUUCUCGUUCCUCACAAGAAGCAGCAAUAUGCUGUCCUGGGUGCAUCCAGCGAAGCCACCCAGAAGAUCCUAACACCGGAAGCCUGCGAGUUUCUGUCUGUUCUGCACCACUCAUUCGAGGCUACCCGGAAGUCACUGUUGCAUCGUCGUGAACUUCGACAGCAGCAGUUUGACGCUGGACAACUGCCCGACUUUCUACCCGAGACCAAGCAUGUUCGAGAGGAUAGCCACUGGCAGGGAGCUUCUCCUGCGCCUGGCUUGGCCGAUCGUAGGGUUGAGAUCACGGGACCGACCGAUCGCAAGAUGAUUGUCAACGCACUCAACUCUAAUGUUUACUGUUACAUGGCAGAUUUUGAGGACUCGCUUACCCCUACGUGGAAGAACGUCACUGAAGGCCAACUCAACCUCUUUGACGCUAUUCGACGCCAGAUUAAUUUCAAGAUUGGCGAGAAGGACUACAAGUUGAGAACAGAUCGCACUCUUCCCACCCUGAUCUGCCGAACCCGUGGGUGGCACCUCGACGAAGCCCAUUUUACCGUAAACGGUGCUCCCAUCUCGGGUGCAUUGUUCGACUUUGGUCUUUAUUUCUUCCACAACGCCAAGGAGCUCAUCAAUACUGGAUUCGGGCCAUACUUUUACCUCCCCAAGUUGGAGUCUCAUCUUGAGGCCCGUCUUUGGAAUGAUGUUUUCAAUGUUGCUCAGGACUAUAUCGGUAUCCCUCGGGGUACUGUCCGAGCUACUGUUUUGAUUGAGACUAUCACGGCCGUUUUCGAGAUGGAUGAGAUCAUCUACGAGCUUCGAAACCAUAUCGGCGGUUUGAACUGUGGACGAUGGGACUACAUCUUCACUUUCAUCAAGAUCUUCCGCAACCAUCCUAAGUUCAUCCUCCCCGAUCGCGCCGACGUCACCAUGACUGUUCCUUUCAUGGACGCCUACGUCAAGCUACUCAUUGAGACCUGUCACCGACGCGGUGUGCAUGCCAUGGGUGGAAUGGCAGCCCUAAUUCCGAUUAAGAACGACGAAGCCGCCAACGCAAAGGCUCUGGCCAACGUGGAGGCUGACAAGCUUCGAGAGGUCUUGGCCGGACAUGACGGCACUUGGGUUGCUCAUCCAGCUCUGGCACCCAUCGCGGAAGACAUUUUCAACACUUACAUGCCUACUUCCAAUCAGAUCUUCCGUCGAUCUGAGACGGUGCCUGUCACUAGGGAUGAUCUUCUCAACCCUAAUGUGCCGGGUAAGAUUACGCUUGAGGGUGUCAAGAAGAACAUCCAUGUUUGCUUGGUGUACAUGGAGGCUUGGGUUCGCGGGGUUGGAUGCAGCCCUAUCAACCAUAUGAUGGAGGACGCAGCUACCGCCGAAGUCUCUCGCUCGCAGCUCUGGCAGUGGGUCCACCACAAAGUCAGCACCGCUGAAGGAGUUCGACUGGACAAGAAGACUAUCCUCGAGCUUCUUGAUGAGCAACAUGAAGCUCUGCUGAAGACGGCUACCGAGGGUCACAAAUUCGAGAUUGCGCAGCAGUUUAUGCGUGAACAGAUCACGGGAGAGAAGUACGCGGGCUUCUUAACUGAGUAA